ACCAUUCGUGGCUGGUUUCAAAGAAGACUUAGAUAAAGUAUUUAAAGAUCAUUUGAUGAAAGGUAUAAAAUAAUUAGUAUUCUUCUGAUGAUUACCUAUUUUCAGAUUAUAAAAGAUGAAGAACAAAAAAGUCUCUAGAAUAAAACAUAAAAGUAAGCGAUAUCAGUAUCAAACUAAACCUGAAGAUUUUUUCCAAAUGCAACCAAUUGAUCUUUCAUUAUUAGUAACAACAAAUAGUAUUCCUAACACCAAUGACUAUAAUAAAAUAACAAACAGUCCUCCACAAAAUACAUAUGUUAAUAUGAAAGCCAUUACAGUAUACACAGAAGAAACAGAACCAGGUGAAGAAGAAUACAAUUAUGAAAAUUUUAAAAAAGAAUAUGAAGAACAAUUAGGAAAAGACUUAACUGAUAACAAAUUAUUGAAUUAUACCUAUAAAGAGCAAUCGGAAGAAUAUCCUAAAGACAUGUUACAAAAAUUACUUGAUUUCAAAAAUUGCACGGAAACGUCGAAACAGUUGGGUAUUAAAGCUAUAGAUUGUUUAAUAUAUAAUUAUGAACAUAAAACACCUGCAUUGAAAAAACCUGUGCAGAAAAUGUGGUUGGUUAUUAGAGUUUGGUUCUUCAUUUAUGUAUGUCUUGCAAUUCCGUGUUGGUGUCAAAAAGGUUGGUGUUGCUGUUGCUUUCGUUGCAAGUUUUGUUUCCCUAACAAAAGAAUUUUAUUCUCGAAACAGUAUUACGCGAUUAAUCCUCCUGGUACUCUAGUCACUGAAGUUAAGAAGAAAGGUGAAACACAACAAUUGAUUACAUAUGAACCUACUGAAUUUGAAGAAGAUACGUUCGAACAGUUUGAAACUGUAAUAAGAAAUAUAUAAAUAUAUUUUACAUAUAUUAUUUACCUCAAUAAUAUCCUGUGCCUUUACAUAAUCAUUUUUCCACAAACAUUGAAUAACCAGGCUUU